UUACAGAUACAUACCAAAAAAAAGAGUUUCUAUAUCUUCAAGUCUCCUAUAUAUUUAUUUGAUUCCCAAUCACGGUGUCAGUUUAUUUUCUCAACUUCAAAGCCUAAAAACGAUAAUAGCCUCUUGAAACUAAAGGCCUCUUCAACAAACUUCCCUUCACCCCAUUUCCCACAAUUCAUAGAAAUUCAAAAGCAUUAAUAUUAUUAUUAUAAUUUUUAUUUUUAGUGCAGUAAUAAUAAUGGGAAGGCACUCUUGCUGCUACAAGCAGAAGCUAAGAAAAGGACUCUGGUCCCCAGAGGAAGAUGAGAAGCUUCUCAAUUAUAUCACCAACCAUGGUCAUGGAUGUUGGAGCUCUGUCCCCAAACUAGCAGGAUUGCAGAGAUGUGGGAAGAGCUGCAGAUUAAGAUGGAUAAAUUACCUGAGGCCAGAUUUGAAGAGAGGAGCAUUCUCACAGGAGGAAGAGGAUUUGAUAAUUGAACUCCAUGCAGUUCUUGGAAACCGGUGGUCUCAGAUUGCAGCACGGUUACCGGGAAGAACCGACAAUGAGAUAAAGAAUCUAUGGAACUCUUGCCUCAAGAAGAAGCUGAGGCAGAAAGGGAUUGACCCAAUCACAAACAAGCCACUCUCCGAUGUGGUGCCUAUUGAGAAUAACAAGAACAAGAAGGAGGAGGAGGAGAAGCCACCAACAACAACAGAAAGGUUUGAAGGGCCUCCUUCUGAUUCUGUAGGAGGAUACUUUUCCUUCAAUUAUCAGCAAAUGAUGAACAAUUUUGGAGCAACUCCACCAAACGCCACAUCUUCCUCCGCCGUCGGAUCGAGUGACGCUAACUUUGUUGCUAACAACAUUCUAACAUGGGAACAAGAAGAGGUAAAAUGGUGUGAGUAUCUUAACACCCUUCUUCUCAACAACACGGUAGUUCAGAAUCAUUCUUCUUCUUCUUCUCAUUCUGUUAUGUAUGGUGGUGGUGGUGAGGUUAUUACUGAGCCAGAAACAACAAGCUUCAUGAGACAAGACUCAUCAAGUAGUAGUUGGCACCACCAUAGCCAGCAACAACCUCAUCAAUUCUCAGAUAUGUAUACCAAGGAUCUGCAGAGAUUUUCAGUGGCUUUUGGCCAAUCCAUGUAGCCUAAAACGUAACAUCAUGAAAAAAAACACCUUCAAUUUAGUGAGAAAGAAGAGAAACACAAAAAUAUGCAAUGAUAUUUUGUUUUAUUAAAUAUGGACUAGUUAGGCCAGAAUUUUCUGUGGUGACUUGUGAGGGUUCUGGCCACAAAUAUGUGCUGUAAAAUUUUUUUAUUAUUUUUUUUUAUUUUUGUUAAUUAUUAUUAUUAUUAUUAUUAUUAUUUAUUUUGUCGUUGUAAAUGUGUCUGAUACAAAACUAUCAGAAUUUAUUUUAUGGUCUAAUUUAAUAUCGGUGAUUUAUUUA